UCUCUAUGGCUCUUAGCUGACCGACAAACGCUGCUCGAUUGCUCUGGUCUGUGAGAUGCAGAUGCGCUCUCUUGAUACGGGCGCUCGCCUACAGCCUUCACGAAAUUAUACUUUACACUAAAAUAGCACGUAGGCUCACAUUAUCCAUGGACAAAUCCUGCACAAAACGGUCGGCCUAUAAUGCCCCGGCGUGAGGGGAGCGGCUAAGCAGGAGAUGGGCUGCACUUCGGCCAAGCAGGUGUCGGCCGUGCCCAACGGUGAAGAUGGCCGGAAUAAAGCCCAGAGCAAUGGGGAGAUCCUCUCAGACGAGUACAGGAUGAAAGGGGCCGAGCAAGAGAGGUAUGCCGGCGGGGAGCAGGAGCGAGAGGACGGUCAGGAGGACUGCACGGAGAAAAGUGCCCUGCUGGGUAAAGGCCAGCACGCGGAGGAUAAUGGAUCCAAUGGAAAGAUACUCAUCCACUCCUCGGAGAGCCAGCAGGAAUUCUUCCGUAUGUUAGACGAGAAAAUUGAAAAGGGGCAAGACUACUGCUCUGAAGGAGAAGACCUGACAUAACACUGUGGUUUGCCGCUCUAGUGUCAAGAGGACCUUCUAGUCCUGCCAGUGGCAUGGGGGUUGAACUGUCCCGACACCUUCCCAUGUCCGCUGGCCCCUUGUAGGCGAGCCCACUGAGAACACAUGGCUGACUGACUACAACUCAAGCACCUUCUCACCGUUUCUCUUCUACCUGCAACCCCUUGUUUGGAGGGGGGGGGUCGUUAGCACCUCAAUAUCUGCUUGGCUGUUCCCCUGGACUCCUGAAGCAGUGUUCUCCGAUCACGAGCAGCUUUCGUCAUCAUGGUGAUGAAGACUCUUUGCUAGAAUAUUUUAGAACGUCUUGCUGUGUCCUUCCCACCUCCUACCCUGAGAAGCGCACAAGGACACCUUUACUUUUACAAUAAAAACCAUGUCAAUACGAGGAAUAAGGCACGAAGCAACCUGGGAACGCAUUCACCCCCCUCCAAUAUCGUUAGCGGACUUGAUGAAGAGCACCCAAGACGCGAGGGCGCUGACAUUAUCGGUGUUAGCGUAAACCAACUUGCAGGAGAUGUAAAUGUCAAUCCAGCAAAACUACAGAACGUAAUGUCCCUAGCUGUCAAGAUGAUGUAAUCUCUAAAUGCAACCAUGUAUAAGAAUAAUAAUCAAUGGGUAGUGCACUUCUUGCAUUCCAAACGUUUUUUUUUGCCAGCAUUACCCUUCUAUACAGUAUGUCUUUUAUACAGUAUGUCAGCCAUAAAUGUACAUACGUGUUCUCCCGUCCGUCUAUUUAUGUUGAGGUGUAGGGUAUGUUUCAAAUAAGUCUCAGGGUUCAUUUGUACUUAUUGUGGUCUCAUGGAGUCAAGUCGUCGCCUCACUUUUACCACCAUGAAAGGAGAAGACGCACUCACCUUUGCAGACACUACCAGUUGGCAGAUAAUGCCCCUUUCCAGUAUCAGUUUGAAUCGCAAAUAUACACAUAAGUUGCAUUUUCUUUCUCAUUUCUGUAUUUCUCUCACCAGAAUAAUGCCACAGUGAAUGUUUUUGUAAGUAUGUUUGAUUUGUUUUUUGUUUUUUUUGUAAAAAUAAAAGUGUUUUCCAAGGCCAAUGACA